GUAACAUGACUCUGGAUGAAAAGUGUGCGCCUGGUCCGAUUCACAGCACACAUGCUGGCUCGCAGUGAGUAGGCGCACGAUGGAUCCUCUGGUGCUCAUUGCGCUGGCGUGUCUACCCAUCGUCUCGGCUGUCUACAGCGGCCCCCUGCAAGCUGAGAUCUCCAACGGCACUUUCCAUCACUUCUAUGUCCCUGACGGUGACUACGAAGAUACGGAAGACCCGGAAAAGUGCCAGAUGGUCUUCCGAUUCUCCGAUGGUUCCCCUUGCUCACUGGCUGAGGAGGAGAGCGACGCGCUGGUGCGGGAGGAUCUGAUCCUCACGCGACUUCAGGCGGAGGACUCGGCACGUCUUCUGGAGAGUAUCGGGCGGGCCGUGGCCAAUGACCUGGACGGGGAGGACACGUACGGCCGCUUCCUCCUAAGGGAGAUAUCUCAGAUCGCUGAGGCUUUCUCCGGCGUGGACAAGUCACUGGAGGAGCUGGAGGUCAAGUUCAAACAGAGCCAGGAGAGUGAGCUGAGAGAGGAGCAACAGCUUAGCGGCUUCGUGCUCAAACAAGUUGGAGACGUCAGAGACAGCCUGAGGGCCACCAAGGACAUCUCUCUGGGGCUGAGGGACAAACAAGAGCUACUGUCUCUCAUCGUUCGCAGCCACGGGAGCAGACUAAGUCGCCUAAAAACGCAAUAUCUCAAUCCGGGAUUCUAGACUUAAGUCUGUAGAUCUUUUGGUAAAUGAUGACACUUUUUGUGCCAUUGAUAGCGAUAGACGUCCAAUCAAUUUGAAGUGGGAGGGAUGGCAGCGAUCAUUCCAUCAGUUAAUCACUAGAAGACGUCCGAUCCAUUUGAAGUGAUUGCCAGUGAGAGUUUGCUCAUUGUUGCCAGCCGUCCCACUGCAAAUGGAUUGGACAUCUAUCACAGUCGAUGGCAGCCAGUGAGUUAAUAUAUAUAUAUAUAUAUACUCGAUCGUUUCUCUUCUUUUGCAUGAACCCGCAAAGCUCUAAAAGUUUAUUUUCUGUUGUUUCUUUGUGGAAAGAAGUGGCAGACAUGAGUGUCCUUUCUUAACUGGCAUCUGGGUAGUGUCACUGCCCACCAUCUGAAAGCAUUUUACUUUAACUAUAAAAUAUGUUUAUCCAAUGAAUCGCUACUCUAUGGACUCAAUUUGUAACAAUUUGGGCUUUGCUUGAAAUGCCUAAUGAUGAUUUGUAUGUAUAUUUGGUUCAUACUAGACUGAAAAUACAUGAAAACAAUUCCAAAAGCUCCAUCCAUUUCCUUUGUGGUGUUACGGAGUCGAGUCGGUAUAUUUUUAUUGAGACUGCUAACACAACAUGACAUUUCACAUUCAGGGGAAAAAAUAUGAAUAGUUAAAAGUAUCAAACUAAUGUGGGAUUCAUGCACCCUUACUGCCUGUGAAUGUUUUGGGGGGGCCACAUGUGCGGCCUGCAGUGGGCUCAACUGGGUGUGAUUUCCUCUGUCUGGUUUCCCUCACACUCCAGCUUCCCCUCUGGGACCCCUUUUUCAAAACAGCUCUGUUUAAAACAGCAGUCCGAAAAGGCGGGAGCGCAGAAACCUUAUAUGUUUCAAGGCUUUGGAAAUUCAAGAGGAGCACUUUUGACUGAAAAAUGGCAGGAAAAAAUCCACUGUGUAUGUUAAACCUAUAGAUGCUCACCAAAGCUCUCAGCACGACUCUUUUUCAGGCCCCCGUCAUUAAUUCUUCCGACAGAAGCAUACAUUUUUGUGUCGCGGUUUGAAGAGAGGUGGCCUGCUGUUAGAAGAAUGCGUUGGCCUCAUCGCCGUAUUUAAAGCGCAAAUAAAGACUGGCCAGGAAUGUGAUUCGGAUCUGACGUGAAACACUCAACUUUCUCUCAGUGACAAAUGAUCAUGUUUCAGUGUAAUUGACAGCGAUCGACGUCCAAACCAUUUGAACGGGGAAGGGCUGUUUUUGCAAUUUUCAUGAACAAUGGAUUGUCCAGUCGAAACCAAAGUUGUCUUUACAUGUUUUAUCGAAACUUCAAUGAUAAUAGGAGUUCUUACAAAGAAGACAUUGUGGGUCCGUGAACCUUUCGGCCAUCCGUUUUUUUCCUCCUGAUUUUGGAAAAAGAAAAACGGAAAAUGAGCCUACUUCUUUUUUUUGUUUAUGUGUGUCAAAAAUGAACGGAACAAAUGGUCGACAAGGCUUUAUCCGAUAUUUUGUAGUAGGAAACAUUUAACGCUGCAAGAUGACAUAACGCUGAAGGAGAUUUGCUAAAUUUUUCAAGUGUGUUACCUAGAGAUGUCCCGAUUGAAUCGGGAUGCUGAUCGGGUCCGAUCACGUCAUUUUCAAAGUAUCGGAAUCGGCAAAACAAUAUCGGCCAUGCCUUUUUAAAAUAUAUAUAUAGUUUAAUUAAACCGUUUUCUGGUUGUAUUUAACGUUACAGACAUAAUAUGUUACACUCAUCCAGAGUCUUUAAAUUAGGCUUAAGGUAAGGUUAUCAAAAAUAUCCCGAUAAUGGCGGCAAUUUAUUAAAAAAUGUGUCACAGUAAAAUAUUUAAUGCUAUAAAUAUGUGCGCUACACGACCCUCUCACUCAUUGUCGCGCUCAAUCUGCAAUAAUGCUGUUCUACCGAUAUAGAGAGAUAAAAGGCAGCGCUACAUGAUUAGAGAGAAUUUUGGCAGCCUUUGGAGCCUUCCUUCAAUUGGCAAUAACCUUGCAAUCUCCCUCCCUAUGAUUAGAAAUAUCAUGGGAAGCAAUGUGGGGAAGCAAGGUGGCAAUUGAUCUUUGUCUUAACACCUUAAUUGUUUCCCAAAGCAGAGAAGAUAUAUCCAUUGGUAGCACGACGCACAGUCAUGGUUUUACUUCCCAUCAUGGUUGCAUUUCCCAUCAUGCAUUGGGGCAGGGCUGCAGUAUCAUUUACUGAAAGUUCAACAAAUACACUA